AUGAACCUACUAGCCCGGUGCUUCCUUUGUAUUCCUUUCAUGAUCCUUCAAGCCAUGCUUGAGUCUCCGGUUUUGGCACCUUUGGUGAGCACGGAGCUUGAUUCACUGGGGUCCAAUGUUACUAGCCCGGUCCAAUUUAUAAGGGAAUAUAUCGAGAAGACGCUCAAUACUCCUCCAGGGUUUCCAAUCAGUGUGGCUGCAGAGCAUUACAAGCGCCAGCGACUGAUAGAAGAGAUUUUGGAAUCAGAAAUUGAGUAUGUGCAAAUGCUUAAGAUACUGCAGAAUUGUUUCCUGGACGUGUUGACCAUCAACGACUACAUCCCGAUGGAAUCGUUGAACAACGUCGUUACCCACCUUCUCCCUCAACAUGAAGCUUUCCGCGACUCGCUGAAUAACCUCGUUGAUGGUAGCAUUAAGCGCUUUGACGAAUCCACAGAGUUGAACUGGUCUGAUCUGUCACUGACAUCUUGGGAUCACCUGGAGCUUUGUGAGUGUGUUUCUAAGCUGUUGGCGACAAAAGCAGUACAAGUGGAGGCAUAUCGAAAAUAUGUUCAAUACUACAACCAGGUAAGCCAUUUAUUGACCAGCAUGGGCCAGGAAAGUCAGGACCGUCUGUUAUUUGCCGUCUUGUUCCGCAUUGAGUUAUGUUUGCCAAAAUAUUACUCCAGAACCUCAGAACAAGGCUAUAAGAGAGAUUUUUCUUUCCGGGCUAUGAUACAAAUGCCUAUCAAUAGAAUUUCAAAGUACAAGCUGUUUCUAGAAUCACUUGUAUUGCUCACCGAAAACCCUUCCAUCACAGACGUGAAACGUCUGGACGAUCUUGAAUGUUUUAAACUUGUGAAGAGUAUCAAAACCAACCUCCAAGAGAUAUACAACGCCCUUGCACAUAUUAAUGAGCCAGAUACGGGUGGCACAAAAAGCGCUGUUCUAAGACUUAUCCAGAACCGCUUGGCAUUCGAUUUACCAGAAGAGCGAAUCCCAAUUGAGGCCAUGGGCCCUUGUCACUUGAAGGGCUGCUUAGCCGUUGCUUGGCCAUCGAUGGACGAGACGUCGUAUACAUUGGGGUCCUACAGAAGAAGUCGUUAUUUUAGUCGAACCAAAAGGACGUUUAAGAUUGAGAGUGACCAGCUGGGGGUCUUUUUAUUCCGAGCAUAUUUGGUGUUUGCCGAAAUUCCAGCUUUGAGUGGCAGAUCACCAGCGUUUGAGUGGCCCGUCAAGUUUGCCCUAAGAUUAUCCAAUUGUAGGCUAGUUGACCUGGAACACAAGGAAGGAACGGCCACUGAAGGUAUUGGGAUGGUCUCUCGUUACAUGGACACGAUCAAGAUACAAUUUGACUAUGAUUUCAAACUGUGGGAGCUUCUGAUCUUUUGUAGAAACAAUAGUGAGUAUCAAAGCUGGAGCCACCAACUAGCCCUGUUCAUCGAUGAUCCAAAUGAUACAGGACCUCCUGUUGACAGGCGGGACUGCCGAAAUGGCAACUUCAGAGGAGACUGUGUUUCUCAGUCAACAUUGGAGAGCACGCUCCAUUUCAGCGACUCUACCACUUUUCCGGACAAUAUGAUACCAUUUAUCAGCUACAAUGAAAGCUUAUCGGGCAGAUUCGAUCGUGCCAAGUCUUUCAAGCGCCGUGUAAAUAACUGGGCAGGACAAUGCUACCAUGGUGAGACGGCUAAAAUUGACGUCGAAUUUCGGGACACCCUGAUGGAAAUUUCCCCGUCUUCAACCAGGUUUAUACGGCCUUCUUCGAGCUGGACUGAUGUGAGGCCGGACAGUAGCAAGAGCACCAUCGUCGGCGGGGCCGCUGUGGCCCCGGAACGGGCCCUGACGUCUAAAAGUAGCGUCGGUUGCGGCAUUGAGGUGGAUCCCUGGGCAUACAACGUUGUGUUCACAAACUGGAAACGGCUACAGGUGGAAAUAGGAAUGGGCGAAGUGUGGAGCUCACAUCUCGAGCGGCUGAGCGCCGGAGAUGCAGACCCUGCCGACGUGCGUCACGAAAAAAACACCGACACCCCAUCUUCUCCGCCUGACACUAUGCCCGCCCGUUCUGGGCUGCUUGUUCGAGCAGCCUCCGACAACUUGCUGCCCACCGAGCCAAAGAGCGCUCCCGUGAGAGCCUCCACGUUCCGGGCCACCCGCUGGUCCAUCAAACGAGUUUUUUCCCGUCGUCGCGCCAGAAAAAGUUUGGCAGCUGGGUGA